CUUAUCACGUUUCCUCUGGUGUUUGUGUUUAACAUUCUUCAAGCGAGAUGCAGGUUGUCGUUUCUCCACAGACUCCCACUUGCUGCUUCUGUUUGGAUCGUAAGGCUGGAUCGAUUGGCGUAGGCAUUUUCUACUUGGUUGCAUCUGCAGUGGGCAUCACUCUGUUUUCUGAAUUUGCCGCUGCAGAACAAUACUCUAACGUCUAUGAUAAUGAGAGGCUCGAUUUGUUCGUGAAAAUUGGACUGUCCACACAAGUCGUCUGUUUUCUUCUGGCGUUAUUGCUCAUUAUUGGUGUUUACAAAAAUGUUUUGUGGUCAAUAUUUCCUCUACUCAUCUAUAUUGUUCUAGAGCUGAUAUCAACUGUUGUCAUUUGCGUAUUGCUACUUCUACACAUUUCUGAGGCUCCAAUUGCUGUAAUUAUGAUUGUGUUAGUUCUCGUCGUCUUGGCCAUACUCAAAAUGUAUUUUAUAUACAAUCUUCAAGCAUAUUACAAGUUGGCUAAGAGACAGCAGAUGAUGAUAUAUGGUGCUAGUGUGAGUGAGAUGGAACACCUCCCGAGUCACCAAAUGCUUCCAGCAGGAAACCCUGUCUGAAGAACGUUUGCACGAACUCUAUGUGUUUAACGCUUUAUAGUUAGAGUUGUUGUUGAAAAGUGUGGACCAAUGUUUGUAGGAUCCUUACAGUUAUCUGAGAUCUAGAUAACUUGUUUUUGGUGGAGACUGCUGAUGGUCGUAGUUGCUCUGCUGUAGUAAGCUAGCUGGCUAGCUAGUGUGUUUGGGUAUAUGGUAGUGUUGUGCAUGGGAUUGGAAAAAUGGCGCAUGAAUUAUUGUGUGUAGUUACAA